UAAGUGGUUGGGAAUCACUCCUCGAAAGCUCCACUACAUGGUUACAACAACCCCAUGUUCAUGGGCAUGAAUCAGAAAACAAUUUUUGUAUUUCAGUAUCCAUUAUCCAGCCUCCAUCAUGCCCUUUAUUUUCUGCUGCCUGUGGACCCCAGCUGUUUGUCCUUUACACGAGCUCUUAAUGUACCUUGGGCUCUGUAUGUGUGGUGUAAAAAUGCUACUCAAGAUGCUUUUGAAAAGGCAUCUCCACAUGAUGCUUGUUAACCUUUACCAUGACAGUCGUUUUUCUGCUUCCCGGUCAGAUUGUAGAUAUAUCAUUAUCAUUAUCAACAGGAACAUCGGCUUGAGUCAUAAAGCACUACUACAUCAGCUUUUGAAUUAUUUUGACCUGAAGGCCAUUAUGAACAAAAGGAGUUGAUUCAUGUGCAUACAUGUUAUUUGAGAAAGAGCCAUUAGUUAUUAAUAAAACGUUGGAUUUUUAUAACUCAAAUAUAGGUCUUCAAGAUGCAUUUCGAACAAGAGAUGUUUCUCUAAACCACAAACCGAAGGGGAUUGCGGCUGUAUGGAGUGAGCCGCCUGAUCAGAGAGAGCAUCAUUAGAUACAGACUUAAAAGCAGAUGAGGGUAAUAGGAGGAAGAUUAGGAACCCAUAGAGAGCCUGUGUGAGAAAAUAGUCAUGGAACUCUCAACAUCCCCUAUUCUCUAAAUACUAGGACUUCCAUCAGUUCAAAGUUUGUGUGCCUGAGUGCAUAAUUAAACCUUGAAGCUAUCAUUGGUUUCAGCCUCCGUUAAGCUGCUGAACCCAAAAGUUACAUCUUAAUGCAGUACAGCAAACAUGAGCACUUUACUUCUAAGCUUCCUUCUUGUCCAUGGCAAAUGUAUCUAUGUUCCCCUUGUGUUUUUUGUGUGGGUUUUUUGUGAUGUUUUCCUGCAUAAAGAAACAAAACAACGGACAAUAGCACUUUGCCGAAUACAAAUGUCUCCUUGAGAACAAUCAAGUUUACUCUGCAAGUACAACUCUGUCUUAAUCUUUAAAUUAUAAACGUUGCUGUGGAUUCUUUGUAUCUUAAAUUUGUAUUUAAACCAGUCUAUGAUUAAAACUUGUGUUGCAGUGAAAUCGUUUUUAUUCCAUGGAGGCUUUGUCGACACCUAGUGGCAUAUACAAGGCAUGGCACUGAAAACGUAUAGGGAACUGCGUCACUUCCUCUCUUCUUCCUGUUUAUCUUUUCCAUUUAACAUAAACACAACUACAUGUGUUAUACCAGCAUCUAACUGAAAGAAAUACGUUGGACAUAUAUUUAACGGCAUCUGUUUCUCAUGGAGACGGAACAAGCUGUGAAAUUACCUAUUUCCCUCUACAAUGGAAUGUCUACUAAACCACUGUAGCUGAUGGCAGGAAGUGUGCCAGAAUGCAGCAUCAUUUUAAAACAGAAUAAUCCAGUUGCCUGAUAAAGCCUUAGUUCUCCACUUCUGUUCCCAGUGAGCAAACGCAUGUCGCGAAUCAGGACCACAUUGGACAGUGUCACCAAGGCAGUAGGCAGCACUGACCUCAUCUCCAAGUUCUCCCGCUUCAAGCCUGGCAGUGCCUCAGUGGACAGCAGCACCCAUGUGGAAAAAGUUCUGACCAAAGCCGAGGCCUCGUCCUCUAACAACACAGCACCUGAAACCACCAUGAAAGAAGCAGCAGAAGGCGAGAGCAAAACAGCUGAGGAAGAGCCAGACAAGCAGCAGCAGCAGCAGCAAGAUACAGAAAAUCCUUUUGUUGCCACAAAGAAGUCCACGUCAGGAUUAAGCUCUUCCUCUUCUGUGGCAACACACACAUCACAGCUGUUUCACCCAGCAGCUCUGUCUAGUAACAUGGAUGAGACGUACACAACUCUGGCUCUGCACAUCAAUACUUACUUUGGCACCAGUGCGCCAAAGGAAGAAGUAGACAACAGGCCUCUGCAGCAGAGCAGAGAAGGGGGUGAUCCUGUUUCAGAGCCCACUCUCAGCGCUCUUACAACUAAGGACCACAUUCCUAUUUUGUCUCCAGUGGCUAAAAGUAUUGAAGCACCCACCACCUCUCCAUCUCCCUCAGACAUGCUCAUUCCUCCAGCGGGGACGUCCUCCCCCGCCAUCCCUGCGACUGAAAGUGAAGCUCAGUCCAUCCCUGUGCCCGCUGCCUCCACUAAAAAAGGCUUCACCCACUACCUCUCCUACCCUCGGCCCAGCGUUCAGGCGUUCGUCGGCAGCUACAUCGCACCCCUGGUCCCAAAGUUCAGAGGUGAUUCCAAAAGCAUUGCAGCUCCAAAAGACAAGCCUUCAGCAGUCGCUGUUGUAGAGCCAACUGUGGACAAAGCAGCAAAGAAAGCAGACAGUGAAGAGGAGAAAGUUAAGCAACAGCGGUUAAUUCAAAGAGAGAAGAUAAUAGCCAGGGUGAGUGUAGACAACCAGACCCGGUCUCUGGUGAAAGGCCUGCAGAGAGUGAAUGAUGUCAAGCUCCUCACCAGUCGAGUGGAGGAGCUCAGCCUUCACAUCCUGGAGUUCCCCGAGACAAGAGGUGUUGCCAUCAAGGAGAGCGUGCUGCCUUGCCUGCUGAGACUGAGGCAGGCUAGAGACCUCCCCCUUCAGGCUGCUGUGAGAGAAGCUCUGGCUCUGAUUGGCUACGCCGAACCAGUCAAAGGCAGAGGAAUACGGGUCCUGACCAUAGACGGAGGCGGAACAAGAUUUAUAAAAAAAAAAAAGAUGUCAGUAAGGGAAAACAUCCUCAAGGAACGGAUGGGUGAGGGGCGUAUGAUUGAGAGUGCCAGGGACCCUCACUGCCCUAAAGUGUCAGCAGUGAGCACCAUUGUGAACAGGGGUUUACCUCUGAAGGCCUUCACGUUCAGGAACUACAGACUCAUGCCAGGAGUGAGAUCCCACUACCUUGGAGACUGCAACCACAAAAUGUGGCAGGCUAUCAGGGCCUCGUCUGCCGCGCCGGGAUACUUCCAGGAAUUCGUCCUGGGAAAAGACCUCCAUCAGGAUGGAGGCCUCCUCAUCAACAACCCCACAGCGUUGGCCAUCCAUGAGUGCAAGUGUCUGUGGCCUAACACCCCGCUGCAGUGUGUGUUGUCUCUGGGCACGGGACGGUACGAGACGGUGGAAAAAAACAGCACGACCUACACCAGCCUGAAGACCAAGCUCUCACACGUCAUCAGCAGUGCCACGGAUACUGAGGAGGUGCACACCAUGCUGGACGCCCUCCUCCCCCCUGGCACUUACUUCCGCUUCAACCCCUACAUGAGCGAGGACAUCCCGCUGAACGAGAGCCGCCCCGAGAAGCUCAACUUCCUGAAGGGCGAGGCCGAGAGCUACCUGGAGCGCAACGAGGCCAAGCUGAAGAAGGCUUCUGUGACCAAAUCGGCCUUUUUCUAUCCAAGGAACAUUGCAAGACUCCGACCGUCACUCUCGGAGUCGGUUGCCCAAACCCUAGUCCACGCGUUUGUCACCUCCCGCUUGGACUACUGCAAUGGUGUCCUGUUUGGGGUCCCCAACAAAACCCUGGACAGGUAA